GAUGACAUGACCUUGUGAUACACCCCAGAACAGAGGUCCCAGGAUGACAGAACCUGAGAGCCUAGCCCUGCUGGAAGUGAAGGGGUCUGAGGCCCUGGAGAAGAGCCCACCCGAGGCCUUGGUCCCCAAUGGCCGGCAGCCAGAAGGGGAAGGUGGGGAAGAGUCCCCUAGGGCUGAGUCCCUCAGAAUGGAGUCUUCAGCUGGGUCUCCCACAGCCACAGAGGGGGCCGAGGAUGGUUUAGACAGCACAGUAAGCGAGGCUGCCACCUUGCCCUGGGGGACAGGCCCGCAGCCCAGCGCUCCAUUUCUGGAUCCCCCCGGCUGGCGGGACAUUGAGCCAGAGCCCCUUAAGUCAGAACCGAUUACCAAGCUAGAGGAGCCGCCCGAAGAUGAUGCCAACCUGCUGCCUGAGAAGGCAGCCCGUGCCUUCGUGCCCAUCGACCUACAGUGCAUUGAGCGGCGGCCCCAGGAAGACCUCAUUGUGCGCUGUGAGGCAGGCGAGGGCGAGCGCCGGACCUUCCUGCCCACCCGGGUCACCCACCUUGAGCCCCCCGAGUGCAAGUGGGCCGAGGCAGUGGUGAGGCCAUCUGGCCAUUCCUGUGGGAGCUGCGGGAUCUGUGGAGGCCGUGAGGGGCUGAGGGCUGUGGCCUCUGUGGGAGCUGCACUUAUCCUCUUUCCCUGCCUACUGUACGGGGCAUAUGCCUUCCUGCCCUUUGAUGCCCCACGGCUGCCCACCAUGAGUUCCCGCCUGGUCUACACGCUGCGCUGUGGGGUCUUUGCCACCUUCCCCAUCAUCCUGGGGCUCUUGGUGUACGGGCUGAGCCUGUUAUGCUUUUCUGCCCUUCGGCCCUUUGGGGAGCCACGGCGGGAGGUGGAGAUCCACCGGCGAUAUGUGGCCCAGUCGGUCCAGCUCUUCAUCCUCUACUUCUUCAACCUGGCUGUACUUUCCACCUACCUGCCCCAGGAUGCCCUCAAGCUGCUCCCUCUGCUCACUGGUCUCUUUGCCAUCUCCCGGCUGAUAUACUGGCUGACCUUCGCCGUGGGCCGCUCCUUCCGAGGCUUUGGGUACGGCCUGACGUUCCUGCCGCUGCUGUCCAUGCUGGUGUGGAACCUCUACUACAUGUUCGUGGUGGAGCCCGAGCGCAUGCUCACUGCCGCCGAGAGCCGCCUGGACUACCCAGACCACGCGCGCUCGGCCUCCGACUACAGGCCCCGCCCCUGGGGCUGAGCCGCUCCGCCCUCUCGGCCUCGGGGCGGGGCGCGCCGGGUGGGCUCGGAACACUUCCCUGAACCUGGCUGCAGACCUGGACUUUGCCCCCAGCCCUGGGACCUCGGUAAGGGGAACCCUGCUACUGACCCAACAGGGGGCCCAUCCAAUCAGAGCUCUUCCCUAGCCAGGGCUGCCCUUCAUCUUUGGGGCCCGGGACAGUCAUAAAGGAUGGCCUUAGUUUCCUUGCAGGGAAAGAGGUGGACAGCUAUGUCCCUUAAGGAUGCUGAGGGCAGGGGCCAGGACCAGGGGAGAGGCAUGGUUCCUUCCUGAGCAACCUGCCACCACAGCCAUUAGGGCUUACUAGUGGUGGACUCUGCCCCACCCCCCAGUCUCCCCCC